GUUCAGCCCAUAUGAGUGGUACGAUGCUCAUCCCUGCAACCCAGGAUCAGACAUCGUGGAGAACAACUUCACCCUUCUGAACAGCUUCUGGUUUGGGAUGGGAGCACUGAUGCAGCAAGGCUCUGAGCUGAUGCCCAAAGCACUCUCUACACGGAUCAUUGGUGGCAUAUGGUGGUUCUUCACCCUAAUUAUCAUCUCGUCCUACACGGCCAACCUUGCUGCCUUCCUGACAGUGGAGAGGAUGGAAUCCCCCAUCGACUCGGCAGAUGACUUGGCAAAGCAGACAAAAAUAGAGUAUGGGGCAGUGAAGGAUGGAGCUACUAUGACCUUCUUCAAG